UGUUGUGUUUCGGAUCAUCGACCAGGGUUAUCAGUUUCUCUUGGAAAAAUAAGUCUUCCUAAAAUCGCUCUUGACUUUUUUUUUGUAAUGGCAGAUAUAACUAAUACUUGUUUUAAGAAUGGAAACAGCGUUAUACAUCAAAAAAUUUUGUCUACAUGCAGGAGAAUGCAGAGCAUUUCUUGUCGAUGGACAACAAAUUGGUCUUGUGCGACCAGAUGUUAUGAAAGAAAUAUUAAAUUACCCUCAAGUAUUUCAAGUACAUCCCGAAUAUGUGCAAUUAAAUCCAGCAUUUCGGGAUUAUACUGAAAGAAGCGCACGUGUCGAUGAAGUAUUAAGAGAAUGGAAAGCAGGUGGAAAAUUUGUGACACUACGAGGUUGGAGGGAGGAAUGUCAUGAAGUGCGUGCUCAGUUUAAUACAUCAUCGCUAUUUAAAAUGGAUCGCUCAGCUACAUGUUUAUUUGGAAUUCGGAAAUAUGGAGUCGAUAUAAAUGGCUAUGUUAUGGAUCCUGUUAAAGGCUUAUCAAUAUGGUUACAAAAACGUAGUCCUAAUAAACAAACAUGGCCAGCAUAUUGGGAUAGCAUGGUGAGCGGUGGAUUGAGUGUUGGUUAUGGCAUAAAUGAAACCGCGAUAAAAGAGGCUGGAGAAGAAGCUGGUAUUCCAAAUAAUCUUAUUGCAAAGCUGAAGGGUGUUGGUUGUGUGUCGUUCUUUUUCGAAAGUGAAAGGGGUUUAUUUCCCAACACGGAAUUUGUAUAUGAUCUUGAGUUGCCACCUGAUUUUGUACCAAACAACAGCGAUGGAGAGGUAGAAACCUUCGAAUUACUCCCUGUUAGUGAAUGCUUAGAGAGGAUACUUUCUCCCCAUUUCAAAACUACAUCUGUACCAGUUGCUCUUGACUUCUUAAUUAGACAUGGCUACAUUACAGCGGAAAAUGAGCCUAACUUUAUACAGAUUGUGGAGUUACUUCAUGUACCUCUGCAGACUAUGUACAAUCAUCGACAUAAAACUAGUAAUAGAAUGGCCAAUGGUGAAGCAAUUGAAGUUUUAGAAAAAGUUUAAAUUUACUUUUAAUUUAUACUAUGCUAUGAAUUGAAAGGCUAUGAAUUGGAUGAAAUGAGUUGCAUACUUGUAUUAACAACGAAAAAAGAAAACGCUUUUAAUACGCUUCAUUAAUUUCAAGGUAUUAAGAUUUUUAUAAUGUGUUUUUCCCUUAUCUAUACAGUUUUGUGAUUUAUAAAAAAAAGAGAAAUACAAAUCUUUACGAACUUUUGUAUGAUAAAGAGUUAUUCAUAUUUAUAGUAAUGUGAUUUGAUUGAUAGAGAAUUAUUAAGAUUAUUUCUUCCAGCUAUAUAGUUUUUUCUCUUUUUUCUAUAAUUUCUAAAUUUGGUUUUAUAAGUAUUUAAGUAUUAUAUUGAGAUUUUCAGCCUAAUCUGCCAUUCUUAUGUUUAGCAUAACAAAAUUGUAUGCCAAUUAUAUCAAUAUUGUGCUUGUCAACUGAACAGAUGCAUUAUAAUAAAAGCAAAUGUCAUUUAAUGAAAAUAA